AUGCCAACUUCUUUCAGCUUGAGAGAAGAUGAUCCUUUGUUGAAGGACCUGAGUGAGAAGAAGCAGAGUUUCAGGAGAAAUGUGGUCUCUUUGGCCACCGAGUUGAAAGAAGCAAGGACUCGUCUCGCUGAACAAGAGCGUUCGUGCUCACAAGAAGCCAUUUCGAGGCAGGAAGCAGAAACAAGAGCUAAGAAAAUGGAAGAUGAAAUGGUCGAACUUGGUAUGGAGCUAAACAAGAAAGUUGAGCAGAUUCGUGCCUCCGAUGUUGCUACUGAGAAGUAUGUGAAGGAAUUGAGUGAGAUAAAGUCACAGCUUGCAGCAACACAUGCAACUGCAGAGGCAAGUGCUUUGUCUGCUGAGUCAGCUAAGUCUCAAUGCAGAUUGCUUUCAAAACAAUUGAACGAGAGGACUGGCUCCUUGAAAGAGCAUGAGGAUCAAGUAACUAGACUUGGUGAGCAGCUAGAGAAGCUUCAGAAGGAGAUACAAGCUAGAGAAUCUUCACAGAAGCAGCUAAGAGAUGAGGUUCUGAAAGUUGAAGGUGACGUUUUGCGUGCUGUAUCAGUGAUCAGGACAAAGGGUAGUUUCGAUGUGAGGAAAGUGGUAGAAGAAGAUCAUCGUCCAAAGAGUUUUGAAAGAAUCAACAAGCUUUUGACUGCUAAAGAUGAUGAAAUAGCAAGACUGAGAGAUGAGCUAAAGAUUAUAUCUGCUCACUGGAGGUUUAAGACAAAGGAACUAGAAGAUCAGGUGGAGAAUCAAAGGAGAAUUGAUCAGGAGCUGAAGAAGAGGGUGCUCAAGUUAGAGUUUUGCCUUCGUGAAACACGCAUCCAAACUCGAAAACUUCAAAAGUUGGGUGAGAGAAACGAUGUGGCAAUACAAGAACUCAAGGAGCAAUUGGCUGCAAAGGAACGGCAUGAAGCUGAAGCUUUAAACAACCAAAACUUCUGGGACAAAUCAGGUUUCAAGGUUGUUGUAUCCGUGUCAAUGCUGAUAUUAGUUGCUUUUUCUAAGCGUUGA